CAAGUCCCUGAUUUGCGCGUGACGCGUUGGGCGGGGAGUCUGUCAAUGCGAUGCGCAGUAUUUGCAGUCACAUCUACUGGGUAUCCAUAGUCUAGUUUCCUGCGGAACAAGUUGGCUGCAUUUCUUACGUUACGUCAUUCACGACGAGGCGGUUCCCAGGUUUAGGAUCGGCGUCGCCGUUGAUCACCGUUGAUCACCGUUGAACGCCGUUGAUCGCCGCUGAUCGGAUCUUUUCAGAUCCGUGGUUCUUCUGGCCUGGAAGUCCAAGGCUGGAUCGCCUGGCUCCUGGAUCGCCAGGAGUUGCCGAUAAGGCGUUGAAAUACGAGGGCUUCCUGUAAUUGCUCAUUCAACCUCACGAAAUCCGAAACUUGAUUCCUAGAAGCCAUGGGUAACCAGCUGCUGGCGAUCGUGCCGUUGCUGGGCCUCUCGAUAGCCGGCGUGCUGCUAAUGAUCCGCAAAAAGCGGAGGGCGAUCCCCUCGGACUGGGGCGCCAUUUCCGAGAAAGUGGAGCUGCUGCCGCCUCCGCCGCCGCCACCGCCGGCUGCGCCGCAUCCGCUGACGGGGCUCACAUUCGUCAUUAAGGACAUUUUCGACGUGGAGGGCCACGUGGCAGGGUUCGGGUGUCCAGCGUGGAAGGCGAGCCACGCCCCUGCCACGCAGACGGCGCCGUGUGUGCGCGAGCUGGUGGAGGCAGGCGCGCAGCUGGUGGGGAAGACGCACAUGGACGAGAUGGCGUACAGCAUAUUCGGCGAGAACAAGGCCCUGGGCACGCCAGUGAACCCAGUGUGCCCCGACCACGUGCCAGGGGGCUCCUCCAGCGGCUCUGCGGUCGCCAUCUCUGCAGACCUUGCUGACUUUGCGCUUGGCACGGACACGGCAGGUAGCAUUCGCAUCCCAGCAGCGUUCUGUGGCGUGCUGGGGUACAGACCAUCGCAUGCAGCCAUCUCUGCUGCUGGCUGCGUGCCCAUGGCGCCCUCCCUUGACACUGUCGGUGUGUUCGCAGCGGACCCAGCAGUGCUGCGGCACGUGGGCCACAUUCUGCUGCGCCAGCCCUUCACGCCCCCCCGCCGCCCGCUCUCACUCUACCUGGCGGACGACCUCUUUGACCUCUGCUCCAUCCCCCGGCGCCACGUCACAGAAGCCGUGCUCUCCGCCGCCGAGCACCUCUUCGGCCCCAUAGUGAAGUACGUGCAAGUGGGGCAGGAUCUGCUGCUGCGCAAGGUACCAGCCAUCCAGCACUUUCUCAACCUCCUGCCGCCACCAGCAGCACCACAGGGCAACAGCAGCACCACCGACAGCAGCAGCAGCAGCAGCAGCAGUGGGAGGAGAGCAGCAGAGGAGGGGAAGCGGGCGUUGCAAGCGCUAGCAGAAGCGAUGAAGCUGUUGCAAAGACACGAGUUCCGCACGGCCCACCUGGCGUGGGUCCAGCAGGUGCAGCCAAAGCUGCAGGCGGACGUGCAGGUGCGCGUGCAGGCAGCCGUGGACGCCGACCCGGAGGAGCUCGCGAUCCAUGCAGCCCAGGCGCAGCUCGUGCGAGAGCAGCUGAGAGCGGCUAUCACAGACCUGUGCAAGGGCGAUGGUCUGAUAGCGUUGCCAGUGACGCCUGACUUCCCCCCCAAGCUGCGCGCCAAGCCCCAAGUGCUGGACGAAUUCAGAGCCGCUGCCAUGCUGCUCGUGGCGCCUGGCUCCAUGUCCGGCUGCCCACAGGUGACAGUGCCUAUAGGGCGUAUGGAGUGUUCUCCCUCGGGUCUGCCUCUGGCGGUGGGUGUGAUGGCCCGCCAUGGCGCUGACCGCUUCCUGCUCGACUCGGUCACUCACUUCGCCCCUGCCGUGCAAGACGCUUACAAGGCAGUGCUGCCUAAGCUCAGCAAGUCCCAAGCCGCCACAUCCUCGCCAGCACCAGCAGCGCCUGUGCUCUCACAAGCAGAAGCCGCCAAAGAAAAGGGUAACAAGGCGUACAAGCAGAAGAAGUACCAGGAGGCGGUGGACCACUACACAGUGGCCAUCAGGCACGACAGCAAGAACGCCACCUACUACUCCAACCGAGCUAUGGCGUAUCUCAACCUGCACAACUUUGAGCAGGUGGAGGCGGACUGCACGGCAGCACUUAGUCUCGACAAGAAGAAUGUGAAAGCCAUGCUGCGUAGAGGAACAGCAAGGGAGAUGCUUGGAUUCUACCCAGAGGCGUUUGAAGACUUCAGCCAAGCGUUGGUUCUAGAGCCCACCAACAAGACAGCGUUAGAAGCAGUGACUAGGAUGAGGGAGAGUGGGAUAGCUUGAUGAGGGGUAAAGAUGAGCUACAGGGCUGACGGGCUGGGAGAUGAGCUACAGGGGGGAUGGGGGGGGAGAUGAGCUAUAGGGGGGAAGGAUACUUGACGGGGGGAAAGAUCAUCUGAAUAAAGGGGUGGGGUUUGCUUGAAGGCACGGCUUGGUCAUGGCUUGGACUCGGCUUGGACAGGAGAGAGAGUUGGGAUGGCAGGGAGGGAGCAGAUGCAGAGGGAGCACAUGAAGUUCACAUGCAUGAGCGGUGGAGAAUGGGUAGUGCAGGUAUCUCGUCGACGUGAGUGUGAGACGUCUCGAAUCCGGAGGGACAUGGAAUUGGAAUGGAACGGAAUGGGCGGUGCAGUGCAGCCUGCAGGAGGGUAGUGUGUUUGAGUCACCUUAAAAGCAGCUGGAAUGGAAUGGGCAGUGCAGCCUGCAGGAGGGUAGUGGACUUGGCAGGCAUGCAGGCACGCAUGCAGGCAGGCAGGCAUGGGGAGCAUGUCUGUUCUGUUCUGCUAGCCAAUAUGGUAGCCGAAUGAGGAGCUGGAGAGCAGCAGUUAUUUCUCGCUAGCUACCCUUUGCCGGUAGUACCUACGGUAAAAAGAGAAGGAAUGUGCUGGUCAGUUCAGCAAAGCUCCCCUAUAGGUUGGCCUGUUGAGAAGCAGUGAGUGAGGGCUCAGUAUUGCCUCUCUGGGAUGCUGUGUGCUGCCUGAAGGGUACCAUACCGUUCCAAGUGAGAUCCCAUAGGUGGCAUCCCAUAGGAUAGGAUACUGUGUAUCUCAAAAGAACACAAUGAACUAGAAUGAGUGAUACAGGGUGGUUUUGUCCCAAGGA